GGGCGGCGGCGGCGGAACCCGGAAGUGGCGGCGGGUCCCGGUCGUUCCCGAUCGAUCCCGAUCCCGACAGCCGCUCCCGGCGGCGCAUCCGGAUCCCGCCGGGUCCCCGCAGCGGCUUUCGGAGCGUCCUGAUCCCGGCGGAUUCCGUUCUCAGCGGGCCCCGGGCAUGGCGGGCCGCGGGAAGCUGAUCGCGGUGAUGGGCGACGAGGACACGGUGACCGGGUUUCUGCUGGGCGGCAUCGGGGAGCUGGACAAGCACCGGCGGCCCAACUUCCUGGUGGUGGAGAAGGAAACAAGCCUGGCCGAGAUCGAGGAGACCUUCCGGGGUUUCCUGGCGCGGGAGGACGUGGGGAUGAUCCUGAUCUCGCAGGCCCUCGCGGAGCAGAUCCGGCCAGCAGUCGCAGCCCAUGCCCGGGCGCUGCCCGCAGUGCUCGAGAUCCCCUCCAAGGACCACCCCUACGACCCGGCACGGGACUCAGUGCUGCGCCGUGCCCGGGGGCUCUUCGCACCUGAUGAGCUGCGAUAGAGCCCCCCAGGACUCCCCAACCCCUCCCGAGACACCCCCAAAUCUCUCUCGGACCCCCUCUAAGCUCCCCCCAAACAGUUCCCCUGAUACCCCCCAGUAUGUGCAAACCCCCACGGCACCCCCAGACUGUCCCCUCCAUCCUGCGCCCGUGGCCUCUUUGUACCCAGCCACGGGUGAUGGGCACUCCCAAACAGUCCCUGGUACCUUCCCAGCACCCCCAAACAGUCCCCCACCACUCCCCCAACUUCUUCACACUUGACAAUCUGUGAUAGCUGUCCCUGGUACCCCCAAACACCCCCUGGCACCCCACGGGGUCACAAGCCUGGCCUGGGGGUCUCCACCCGGGGGUCCCCAGCCCACGUGGGGUAGUUGUGCCCCAUGCCUGGGGGUCCCCACCCCAAGGGGUCCCCAGCCCAUUCCAUGGUGCUGCUGGGAGGCCCCUGGGGUUCCCAGGGUGUCCUUCAGGUGCUGGGGGGCUGUGGUUGCCCCGUGGGUCUGAGGGUGACGGGAAACCUGGGGUGUCUCUGACGGUGCCUGGUGGGACCACGGGGGCCUUGUGGGUGAC